CGGGGAGGCACCAAUGGCUUCCCAUUGGUGGUAUGCUGCAGUUCUCGCGACGAGCUCGACGGCGUCUGUUCUGCUCUCUCUAACUUGACUUACAUUUCGUUAGCCGCCCUGUAUAGUGAUCUGGCUGAAGCAGAAAGAACACUAGUUUUAGAAAAGUUUCGACAAGCAACUAUAAGCUGGAGCCAAAAUCAGAAGGACACUGUUCAGGCAGGGGAUAAAAAGGAAAUUGACAAAGAUGAGCAGAAAUCUCAUAUGAUUGUUGUAACAGAUGCUUGUCUUCCACUGCUUUCUUCAGGAGAAUCUCCAAUUUCUGCUCGUAUUCUCAUAAACUAUGAGUUACCGACAAAAAAGGAAACAUACUUGAGACGCAUGGCAGCAUGUUUGGCGUCAGAUGGAAUUGUCAUAAAUAUGGUUGUUGGGGGCGAAGUGGUGACUCUCAAGAGUAUUGAAGAAACUAGCAGCAUCAUCAUAGCUGAGAUGCCUAUAAAUAUAGCUGAGAUCUUGUGAUGCAAUGUGGUGGUCUGAAUGCUAAAAUGAUGGACUAAAGUCGCCAUAGAGUUUCUACAGUUCUUGCACAUAACUAUGAUUCUGCAAGUGCCUGCUGCUAUACUGAAUUGAUCUUCCAAGUCUUCUAGUUACUUGAUUUUCAUUUUUCUAUACCUCUGGCUUUACAAUAUAAAUUACACCAUAUUGAAAAUUUGGGAAGGGGCCAGGAGUAGAUGAAUAUGUAUUUUGUAGCCUGCUGAUGACUAAAAAGAAUAUAUGGUUGUGAGGACUUCUGUAGUUUCAAGUUGGUAAGUUUGGCUCGGUUCUUAUAUUCUUUUAGCUCUCAUUUCUUGCUAUAAGCAGAAUUAAUCCCAGUUUUUGUGCGGAAAA